AUGUACGUCGGCACCCUCACAGAGGACGCCAGUGUGUCCGCGGCGAGUAAUGCUCGCGCGAAGAAGAGCCACGCGGUGCCCACGGCGGACAACGACCUCACAUUCCCUUUUGUAGAUGUCAAGGGAUCGACCUUCCAGUCGUCUAUGAGAUACGACAUGGCCGAGAACAUGACAAUCGACCAUGCCAAGGGGCACCUGACCACCCAGUGGGAUAUGGCAGAGCUCUGCCGUCUCGCAAAGGCCAACACAUCUCUGAUGGUCUAUUGGUGCCGGAAUGCCCUUCUAAAGGAUCUCCGCAGUGCCGGCCACCCAGGAGUGGCAACCGACGAGUAUUAUCCUGAUCUAUCGGAAUUGGUACACAUUGAACUAUGCAGAGACGUCUGGAGGGCGAAACUGCGAUCAACCAUGGUAUCUAUGGAGGUGUAUGAGCGGAGCGCUUGCGAGGGGGAGGUUGCGUGA